CAAUAGCGUAUUAUUACUUAUACUACUCUCUCUGUCUACUACUACUGCUGCUACUCCUUUUGUCUCUGUCUACUACCAAUUACAAUUUACAAUACCCUCUCUCCCUCACUCUCUUACCCACAUCAUCUCUCUUCUUCUCUCUCUCUCUUGAUGGAAUGAAUCAAGAAAACCUGAUAACCCAGCCAGAGAUAUAUUCUUCAAAUAAAUACAAGUAAUCAACAAAACCUAAUCAUCCAUCCAUCCCUCUCAUCACAUCAUCAUCCUCAUCAUCAUCAUACCAUGAAACACCAUCCCCACCAUCCUCAUCACAACGACACCGCCGUCUCCUCCUCCGAUGCCGCCUCCCCUUCCACUCCCUCCUCUCCCAUCCCUCCCCCCUCCUUCACUCGCACUUCCGAGAAGCCCUCCAUGCCCGUCGAGGAUCCAUCUCGAGACGCCUCUUCCGCUGCCUCCCUCGCCACCACCACCGCCUCCGAGUCUGUUGUGGUUGAACGCCGUGGUGACUACUCCGCCCUAUGCAAAUGGACCAUUGCUAAUUUCCCAAAAAUCAAAUCGCGCGCACUUUGGAGUAAGUAUUUCGAAGUCGGGGGUUUCGAUUGCCGUUUGCUAAUUUACCCCAAGGGCGACUCCCAAGCGCUCCCCGGAUACGUUUCCAUUUACCUACAAAUCAUGGACCCUCGAAAUACAGCUUCUUCUAAGUGGGAUUGUUUCGCCAGCUAUCGUCUUGCCAUUGAAAAUUUAUCCGACGCUUCGAAAUCCGUGCACCGAGACAGCUGGCAUCGAUUUUCAUCCAAGAAGAAGUCCCACGGCUGGUGUGAUUUUGCCUCACUUAAUUCUGUAUUGGACCCUAAGGUCGGAUUCUUGCAUUCCUCAAAUGAUUGCAUACUUAUCACAGCAGAUAUAUUGAUACUCCAUGAGUCCUUCUCUUUCUCGCGCGAUAAUUAUGAUGUGCAGGCUAAUAAUGUGUCUACUAUGGGUGGUGGAGGGGUAAUCGGGCCUGUGGUUGGGGAUGUUUUGAGUGGGAAGUUCACUUGGAAAGUGCAUAACUUUAGCCUGUUUAAGGAGAUGAUCAAGACACAGAAAAUAAUGAGCCCAGUCUUUCCUGCUGGAGAGUGUAAUUUGCGGAUUAGUGUGUAUCAGAGUGUGGUGAAUGGCGUGGAGUAUUUGUCCAUGUGCUUGGAGAGUAAGGACACUGAGAAGAACUCAUUGAUAUCAGAUAGGAGUUGCUGGUGUCUGUUUAGGAUGUCCGUGUUGAAUCACAAGCUGGGUGGUGGGUUGAAUCACGUGCAUCGGGAUAGUUAUGGCCGGUUUGCUGCAGACAAUAAGAGUGGGGACAACACAAGUUUGGGAUGGAAUGAUUACAUGAAAAUGGCGGAUUUUAUGGGGCCAGAGUCAGGGUUCUUGGUGGAAGACACUGCAGUUUUUAGCACGUCUUUCCAUGUUAUUAAGGAGUUGAGCAGUUUCUCAAAGAGUGGUACUUUGAUUGGCGUGAGGAAUGGGGGGAAUGUGAGGAAGUCUGAUGGGCAUAUGGGGAAGUUUUCAUGGAGAAUUGAGAAUUUUACACGCUUGAAGGAUCUCUUGAAAAAGAGAAAGAUCACUGGACUUUGCAUCAAAAGUAGGCGAUUUCAGAUUGGGAAUCGGGAUUGUCGCCUUAUUGUUUACCCCAGAGGGCAGUCUCAGCCUCCAUGCCACCUUUCCGUGUUUCUUGAAGUUACAGAUUCUCGUAAUACUAACAAUGAUUGGAGUUGUUUCGUGAGCCAUCGUUUAUCAGUUGUCAAUCAAAGAAUGGAGGAUAAGUCUGUCACGAAGGAAUCUCAAAAUCGUUAUUCAAAGGCUGCAAAGGACUGGGGUUGGCGCGAGUUUGUGACACUCACUAGUCUCUUUGAUCAGGAUUCUGGAUUUCUAGUCCAGGAUACUGUUAUCUUCUCCGCGGAGGUUCUUAUAUUGAAAGAAACAUCCAUAAUGCAGGACUUCACUGAUCAAGAUACUGACUCUGGAAGUUCCUGUUCUCCGUUAGAAAAAGCUGGGAAACGGAGUUCAUUCACAUGGAAGGUGGAAAACUUCCUGUCUUUCAAGGAAAUAAUGGAAACUAGAAAAAUAUUCAGCAAAUUCUUCCAAGCUGGUGGAUGUGAGCUUCGAAUAGGAGUUUAUGAGUCCUUUGACACCAUAUGUAUAUACUUGGAGAGUGAUCAAGCAGUUGGGAGUGAUCCUGAGAAGAACUUUUGGGUCAAGUACAGGAUGGCUAUUGUAAAUCAAAAAAACCCAGCUAAAACUGUUUGGAAGGAGUCUUCAAUUUGUACAAAGACGUGGAACAAUUCUGUCCUUCAGUUUAUGAAGGUAUCUGACAUGUUGGAAGCUGAUGCAGGCUUUUUGCUGCGUGAUACAGUUGUGUUUGUUUGUGAGAUCUUGGACUGCUGCCCUUGGUUCGAGUUUUCAGACCUGGAGGUUCUAGCUUCUGAAGAUGAUCAAGACGCCCUGACAACUGAUCCUGAUGAACUCAUCGAUUCUGAUGAUAGUGAAGGUCUAAGUGGGGAUGAAGAAGACAUCUUCAGAAAUCUUCUAUCCAGGGCUGGGUUUCACCUUACUUAUGGAGACAAUCCUUCUCAACCUCAGGUCACUUUGAGAGAGAAACUUCUAAUGGAUGCAGGAGCAAUAGCUGGCUUCCUGACUGGACUCCGUGUUUAUCUUGAUGAUCCUGCAAAAGUGAAGCGCUUGCUUCUUCCAACAAAGAUAUCCAGUGGUAAUGAUGGAAAGAAAAUCAAUAAGAAUGAUGAAUCUUCCCCCAGUUUGAUGAAUUUGUUAAUGGGUGUUAAAGUUUUGCAACAAGCAAUCAUUGAUUUACUUUUGGAUAUAAUGGUUGAGUGUUGCCAACCCUCGGAGCAGACUACUAGUGAUGAUAUCUCCAAUGUUAGCUCCCAACCUUUCCAAGAUGGCAGUGGAGCUUUUAGUCCAUUGGAAUCUGAUGGUGAGAAUGGAGUGACAGAUUCCACACAGCUUUCUGUCGACGAGAGAUUAGAGCUGGGCGUUAGUGAAAGUAUAAAUGCAUCUGCUGUACAAAGCUCUGAUGUAAAUGGGAUUAACCUACAUGUAAAAACUGUGCCAGGACAGCCUAUAUGUCCUCCGGAGACAUCUGCAGUUGGUUCAAAUGAAAAUCCGGCUCUUCGAUCCAAGGCUAAGUGGCCAGAGCAGUCAGAGGAGCUCCUAGGAUUGAUUGUGAACUCCUUGAGAGCACUUGAUGGAGCUGUCCCAGAGGGUUGUCCAGAACCAAGAAGGCGACCUCAGUCUGCCCAAAAGAUCGCUCUUGUAUUGGAUAAGGCUCCCAAGCAUCUACAACCAGACCUUGUUGCUUUGGUUCCAAAAUUAGUUGAGCAUUCAGAACAUCCGCUUGCUGCUUGCGCUCUUUUAGAUAGACUUCAGAAGCCGGAUGCAGAACCUGCACUACGUUUUCCGGUUUUUGGGGCACUUAGUCAGUUGGAGUGUAGCAGUGAAGUAUGGGAGCGUGUUCUUUUCCGGUCACUGGAGCUUUUGGAUGAUUCUAAUGGUGAACCUCUUGCAGCGACGGUGGACUUUGUACUUAAAGCUGCACUGCAUUGCAAACAUCUUCCUGAAGCAGUCAGGUCGGUUCGGGUCAGACUAAAGAACUUGGGCCCUGAAGUGUCGUCAUGCGUGUUAGAUUAUUUAAGUCGAACUGUAAAUAGUUGUGCAGACACUGCCGAAUCUAUUCUUCGUGAUAUUGAUUGCGAUGACGAUUCUGACGACAAUUUUCCAGCAACGGACUGUGGGCUUUUCAUAUUUGGUGAAAGUGGAGCUAUGUCUGAAAGAUCACAUUCAGGGGAAGAGCAUCCAUUCUUCAGUAGUCGCCACUUUUCUGAUAUUUACAUUCUAAUUGAGAUGUUAUCCAUACCUUGCCUAGCAAUUGAAGCUGCCCAAACUUUUGAGAGAGCUGUAGCUCGUGGCUCUUUUGUUCCUCAGACUAUAGCAGUAGUCUUGGAACGACGCCUUGCUAGACGAUUGAAUUUGACUUCACAAUAUGUUGCUGAGAAUUUUCAACAGCCUGAUGUAGCCAUGGAUGGGGAAGCCAUUGAGCAACUUGGAGCUCAACAAGAUGAUUUCACUUCAGUUCUUGGUCUUGCCGAAACAUUGGCAGUUUCCAGAGAUCCACAGGUGAAAGGAUUCGUAAAGAUUCUUUACACUACCUUGUUCAAAUGGUAUGCUGACGAAUCUCAUAGAUUAAGGAUGCUGAAGAGGCUUGUUGAUCGUGCUACAAUUACUGCAGAUGCUAGUCGUGAAAUAGAUUCAGAUUUGGAGAUUUUGGCAAUCUUAGUGUGUGAGGAUCAGGAAAUAGUAAGACCAGUCCUGAGCAUGAUGAGGGAGGUUGCUGAGCUUGCAAAUGUUGAUCGAGCAGCCCUUUGGCAUCAGUUGUGUGCCAGCGAAGAUGAGAUUCUUCGUAUCCGUGAAGAAAGAAAAGCUGAAAUUGCUACUACAUCUAAAGAAAAAGCUGUUUUAUCUCAAAAGCUGAGUGAAUAUGAGGCUACUAAUAGUCGUCUUAAGUCUGAAAUGAGGGCUGAGAUGGAUCGCGUUGCUCGGGAUAGGAAAGAGCUGAUGGAGCAGAUGCAAGAAGUUGAGAAUCAACUUGAGUGGGUUCGCUCAGAAAGAGAUGAUGAAAUCACAAAGCUUAAAGCCGAGAAGAAAAUUCUUCAAGAUCGUCUCCAUGAAGCAGAAACACAACUCUCCCAGUUGAAAUCUCGAAAACGUGAUGAGUUGAAGAGGGUAAUGAAGGAGAAAAAUGCUCUUGCUGAGAGGUUAAAGAGUGCUGAAGCAGCACGGAGAAGAUUUGAUGAAGAGUUGAAAAGAUUUGCCACAGAAAAUGUGACUCGAGAGGAGAUACGUCAAUCGCUUGAGGAUGAAGUUCGUCGGCUGACACAAACAGUUGGACAAACAGAAGGCGAGAAGCGUGAAAAGGAGGAACAAGUUGCUCGAUGUGAGGCAUAUAUUGAUGGGAUGGAAUCCAAAUUGCAGGCUUGCGAGCAAUACAUUCAUCAUCUUGAGGCUCAGUUUCAGGAAGAAAUGGCACGGCAUGCUCCUCUAUAUGGUGUUGGCUUGGAUGCUUUAUCAAUGAAGGAGCUGGAAACAUUAUCACGCAUUCACGAAGAAGGGCUGAGGCAGAUACGUGCCAUCCAACAACGUAAAGGAAGUCCAGCUGGCAGUCCUCUUGUAAGUCCUCACACUUUUCCUCACACACAUGGGUUGUAUCCUCCCACACCACUUCCGAUGCCUGUUGGAUUGCCUCCUUCUCUCAUCCCAAAUGGUGUUGGAAUCCAUAGCAACGGGCAUGUGAAUGGUGGGAUUGGACCCUGGUUCAAUCACUAG